AUGGCAAAAGGAACCCCAGAACCCACUCCAUCGACAUCUGGCUCCACUUCACCCCAAGUAGCUAACCUGGCGGCUACGGACAGCUUGGUGGCAGGCACAGUUCACCAAUGCUCGUCGAAGGUUUUGCUGGCAACAGCAAUUGUCGUUGUUCAGGAUGACGAAGGCAAAAGGAUCCCUGCUCGUGCUCUCCUCGAUUCGGGAUCAGAGAGUAAUUUCAUUACCGAGCAUCUCAGCCAGCGGCUGAAUGUCUUUCGGAGUAAGGUUGAUAUUUCGGUUCACGGCAUUGGUCUGGCAGCAACCAAAGUGAACCAACGGAUUGUGGCUACGAUUCGCUCUCGUCUUUCGGAGUUCUCUCGCCAGAUGGGCUUUCUGGUACUUCCGAAGGUAACAAGCAAUCUUCCUACUGCUAACGUCAACAUCGCUGGAAAAUCGAACUUGGAGCGAAACAUCCAGCAUUACAUGACUCCGUAUUUGGUUGGAUUGUCAGUGGAGGAUUCGCCGAAGAUAUUCAAGGUUUGCAAAGCAGCUGUAACUACAGAUGUAUUAGAACAUCUACUAACUCGAUUCUGGGCCAUGGAGGAAGCAGACUCCACGAAUAGCUAUUCCCCCGAAGAAUCUCGCUGCGAAGCCAUCUUCUCGAAAACAGUUCAACGCAGAUCCGAUGGCCGCUAUUCCGUAGCACUUCCCAAGAACGAAAAUGCCAUUUCCAGGUUGGGAGAAUCCAAGGAGAUCGCAUUUCGGCGGUUUCUGAGCACCGAACGAAGGCUUAUCAAGGAUACUAGUCUUCGGAAGCAGUACAUAAGGUUUAUGGAGGAGUACCUGCAGUUAGGUCAUAUGCGAAAGGUUGAAGAGGACCCAGAAGCCACUAAACGAUGUUUUCUCCUCAUCAUCCGGUGGUCAAAGAGGCCAGCACCACCACUAAGUUGCAUGAAACAGAUUCUCUUGGUGGCGGACGUUGAGAAGAUGUUCCGGCAGAUACUUGUGCACCUUGAGGAUAGGCCAUUCCAAUCUAUUCUCUGGCGUCCGUCUCCUUUGGAGGAGGUAUGUGUGUACGAGCUGAACACCGUAACCUACGGAACGAAACCGGCCCCGAGAACGGUACCGCUGGCGGCGCAGGCAAUUACAGAGGACACGUACAUGGACGACGUCAUCACCGGCUGCGAUAACUUGGAGGAUGCCAAGAAGAUACAGCAGCAACUAGACGAGAUGACAAAAUCCGGUGGUUUUCAGCUUAGGAAAUGGGCGUCAAAUUGUGCUGAGGUCCUGAAGAGUAUCCCGGACGACAAUCGUGCAAUUCGUCUGGCGGAAGGCAUAAAUCUCGAUCCAGAUCCAUCGGUGAAAGCAUUGGGUCUAACAUGGUUACCCGGAAAAGACGUAUUCCGCUUUCAAUUCGAUGUUCCACCGGUCGAGUCAGUUGAAACAUUGACAAAACGGAAGAUUUUAUCGAUCAUCGCUACUUUGUUUGACCCGUUAGGGUUCAUAGGCGCUACUACGACCGCUGCAAAGGUGUUUAUGCAGCUACUUUGGACGACCCUAGACGAAAGAGGUCAAAGGUUGGACUGGGACCAGCCACUACCUCCGACGGUGGGUGAGUCCUGGAGGAAAUUUCACGUUCAACUGCCAAUUCUCAACGAAAUCCGGAUAGAGCGAUGCGUAAUCAUUCCCAACGUGGUGGAUGUGCAGAUCCACUGUUUCUCUGACGCAUCGCAGAAGGCUUACGGGGCACGUCUUUAUAUCCGCAGCCAAGCUGUGAACGGAAACCUGAAGGUUCAGCUGCUAUCCCCGAACUCUAAGGUUUCCCUUUUAAAACCUCGUACAAUCCCCAGCUUAGAUCUCAGCGGAGCGUUGAUCGCUGCUCAGCUCUUCGAAAAGGUGCGGCAAGCAACUAACCUUCAAGUUCGAACAACAUUUUGGGUAGAUUCUUCGUGUGCUCUACGGUGGAUUCAGGCUUCACCUUCUACGUGGUCCACAUUUGUCGCAAAUAGGGUUGCGAAAAUCCAGGAGCUCACGGAAGGCUGUGUUUGGAGGCACGUAGCUGGUGUUGAAAACCCAGCAGAUUUAGUUUCGAGAGGUAUAGGACCAAAGGACAUCGUUAACAACGGUUUCUGGUGGCACGGACCGAGCUGGUUAGCUAAAGAGCGAAGUUAUUGGCCAAAUUCAAAUCCUGAUCUAAAAGAAGAAGGCGAGGAGGAAAGAAGACGUACUGCAGUUGUCGUUACAGCAUCAGCAGUGGCAGAUUUCAACGAAGUUUUCAUUUCCACAACGAAUUCCUACACUACGUUAAUUCGCCGCGUAGCUAUUUGGCAGCGGUUGAUACGAUCGCUUCAAACACCGGAGGAUCGUCCAAAUGGGUUCUUGCGAGCAGAUGAGCUACGGCAAGCAGAAUGUACUCUGAUACGGAAGGUUCAAGAAGAGGUAUUUCCGGACGAACUACUGGCGGUUCGGAAAAAGGAAUCAGUCAAAGCCAAGACAAGUGCAGCAGUUCAUGGGAGAGCUGCCGUCAUCGAGAGUCACGGUUUCGCGUCCGUUUUCUAA